AGCGAACUCUUUUCCUGGACGGACCAGCCUCCCAGCGGGGUUGCCGUGGAAACAGCGCGCUGUGACACUCAGCUACCCGCCCAGGCGCGGCCUUUGCUGUUUGCAGACCGGGCUCACAGGACCAACGCCAAGAUGAUGCUUUCAAGGGCCAAACCUGCUGUAGGUGGGGAACCACCACAGACUAACAAAAGGAAGAAGAAAGGCAGGAAGAUUCCAAAACUAGAGGAGCUACUUUCACAGAGAGAUUUCACUGGAGCUAUUACUCUAUUGGAGUUCAAACGUCAUGUUGGGGAACAAGAAGAGGAUACAAAUUUGUGGAUUGGAUACUGUGCUUUUCAUCUGGGUGACUACAAGAGAGCUCUGGAGGAGUAUGAAAAUGCAACAAAAGAGGAAAGCUGCAAUCCUGAAGUCUGGGUGAACCUCGCCUGUACCUACUUCUUUCUUGGGAUGUACAAACAAGCGGAAGCAGCAGGAUUUAAAGCUCCAAAAAGCCGACUCCAGAAUCGCCUGCUCUUCCAUUUGGCCCAUAAGUUUAAUGAUGAGAAAAAACUGAUGAACUUUCAUCAAAAUCUUCAGGACAUCACAGAAGACCAGCUCAGUUUGGCCUCAAUCCACUAUAUGCGGUCUCAUUACCAAGAGGCAAUUGAUAUAUAUAAGAGAAUACUGCUGGAUAACAGGGAGUACCUUGCCCUCAAUGUCUAUGUGGCCCUCUGUUACUACAAGCUGGAUUACUAUGACGUGUCUCAAGAAGUUCUGGCUGUUUAUCUCCAGCAAAUUCCUGACAGUACCAUUGCACUCAAUCUGAAGGCUUGUAAUCAUUUUCGUCUUUAUAAUGGCAAAGCAGCUGAGGCAGAACUCAAAAGCUUAAUGGACAACGCUCCUUCCUCCUUUGAAUUUGCUAAAGAACUCAUCAGGCACAAUCUGGUUGUCUUCCGAGGGGGUGAAGGGGCUCUGCAGGUUUUACCUCCCCUGGUGGAUGUCAUUCCAGAAGCGAGGCUGAACUUGGUGAUUUACUACCUACGUCAGGAUGAUGUACAGGAAGCUUAUAACUUAAUUAAAGAUCUGGAACCUACUACUCCUCAGGAGUACAUCCUCAAAGGAGUGGUCAACGCAGCCCUCGGCCAGGAAAUGGGUUCGAGGGAUCAUAUGAAAAUUGCCCAGCAGUUCUUCCAGUUGGUGGGUGGAUCCGCGAGUGAAUGUGAUACAAUUCCAGGGAGGCAGUGUAUGGCUUCCUGUUUCUUCCUGCUUAAGCAAUUUGAUGAUGUCUUGAUCUACCUCAACUCAUUUAAGAGUUACUUCUAUAAUGAUGACAUCUUUAAUUUUAAUUAUGCCCAAGCCAAAGCUGCAACAGGCAAUACCAGUGAGGGUGAAGAGGUGUUCCUCUUGAUCCAAAAUGAGAAACUGAAAAAUGACUACGUCUACCUCAGUUGGUUAGCUCGCUGCCAUAUCAUGAAUAAGAAACCAAGACUAGCCUGGGAACUUUAUCUGAAGAUGGAAACCUCUGGCGAAUCCUUUAGUCUCUUACAGCUCAUUGCUAAUGACUGUUACAAGAUGGGCCAGUUUUACUAUUCAGCCAAAGCUUUUGAUGUCCUGGAGAGGCUGGACCCCAACCCAGAAUACUGGGAAGGCAAAAGGGGUGCAUGUGUGGGCAUUUUCCAGAUGAUCCUAGCUGGGCGAGAACCCAAAGAGACCCUCCGAGAAGUGCUACAUUUGCUGAGAAGCACAGGUAACACCCAGGUAGAAUACAUCAUCCGAAUCAUGAAGAAAUGGGCUAAAGAAAACAGGGUGCCUGUCUAAAAGAGCUCCAGAAACGCCACCCUGAGAACCAGCUUCUCUGCGGAUGUCAAAUUGGAAGUUGCUUUUCUCAAGCUCAAAGAAGAUGCCGGGAUUCUAUUCAUCUGACAGUCAGGCCUGGAGAUGGGGACUGGCCUGUGUAGACCCAAUCCUGCCUGAACAAAGCCCUGCAGUCUGUGCUGCAGCCCCAGUGACAUCCCCGAGCAAUAAGACUUCAGACUUCUUGGUGCCUUUAUUCCAGAAAUCCUGGAGUAUUUGUACAUGAUUUACUGACUUUACAGAGAACAGCAUAAUCCUUUUUCUUUUCACAAUAGCAUUGUGUGACAUGUUCUUCCAGUGGCGAUAUCAAUGUUUUUGAUGCUUAAGAAUCAUCGUCAUCCUGCUGCCUUACUUUCAGCUAUGUCUGUACGUUUUCCCUUUUUAGUGGGGAUUCCAUAAAAGAUGUUACAAAGUAUCUCUGGGUCUUGAGAGAACAGAGAUUUUAACCAGCCAUGGGCCUCUGAGAACAGGAGGAAGCUCCUAUAUGGACUGCAGUCAUUAAUACAUAACAGGAUCAUUAUUCCUUGUUCUGUUAUUAAACUGUUGACCAUAACAUGGUACAGUAUAGCAAGAUGAGGACUGCAGAUCUUUAAAAGUGAGGGCUGUGGAGGUAGCUCAGUGAUAGCACGUUUGCCUAGCAUGCACGAGGCCCUGGGUUCAAUCCCCAGGGUAGGAAAAAAACUGAGCGCUGUGCCUCAGGAGGUGUUCAGGCUCUUUCCUUACAUUACAGAUAACAAAGCAGGUUAGAGUUUUUCUUAAUGUACGUGCUUAAACAUCAGUUUUGAAAGCAGGCUACAAAGAAAGUGAAGUGGCAGAGCCAGAAAGACCCUCAGGGCACUGACGUUAGAAGGGUUUCCUUGAGCACCACAUUUGUUCGCUACCCCCCCACCCCCCACCCCCGGCAUUUCACUGUGCUGGGAGAGUUAUAUGGAAAGGGGACGGGAACACAGCAGUGUUGUACCAGGAGAGGAGACCAGGCACUGGACAUAGCCUUUACCUCUGGACAGUCGCAAGGAAUUGGCUCAGCUCAGCUCAGGACAAUGACCAGUUUUCCUAGCUUCUGUUAGACACAAAUCUAAUUGAGUCAGAGCACAAAUCAAAUUAAACUGGGCUGAAUAACUGAGUUCUAGGAAACAGCCACGUCAUUUUUCAUAUUCCAAAGCUUCUCUCUCCUUAUGCCGCAGCUACAGUUUUAGUCAUUACUGGUUCUCAGCAUCGAAGGUAUUAGGUGGGUCAGAUCUAGACAGAAGCUGCUAUCAUUGCUUGACUCUUUCUGGCUUAAAAUAUUUGGAGGCACAGAAGUGGAAGAGACAGACUGACACUCCUCAGUAACUUUUGGCCAUUAAAUUUGCCUUCCAGUGAAUUACUGUUAAUUUCAAGCUUUCUGAAUUUGAAAAGCUUUUCCAGUGAUGGUGAUUUACUUCUAAAUGAGUUUUCAUUGAAUUGAAUGCUCAAGAUUAUCUCAGACAUUUUGCGGUCUUGGGGGAAAUGCCCACCGAUUCCAAACAGCAGGUUUAGAAUAAUUUUUAAAAAAUUUUUAAGCUAUGGGUUUGAGCCAGAAGCUCAAAGACCAGCGUGAAAGGAAGUAGCAUCCAAUUGCAUUAAGGAUAACUACUUCUAGGGCGUCUUGGCUGCAGCUCAGCCAAGCCAUUGGUGCAGGCUGCUCUCCUUGUGGGAUGUAGGAGGGGAAAAGACCCAGGCUUAGGAACACAGUGUAAUGUGUACAGUACAGAGCACCAAUGCACUAUUUAUGGUCCAUAGCAUAUAUUACUUACCAAUGGGAAAAAAAUCUUUUACAAUUAUUUUUGUAUCUCAGAAGAAUGUAUAUUAAAAUUAAAGUUUUUGA